AUGGACCUCUUGAUCUUUGGCUCUGCGCACUGUGGGCUGACCAUCGGCGCGGACAAGGUGAUCACCCGCCAACCAGCAUCAGAGUACAAACGCACCGUGUCCAGUAUCAACGUGAAUGGCAACCGACACGUAUCAGUGGAAAAGUUCGCCUACCUAGACAGCACGCUCUCACAGAACACCAAAAUCGACGGCGAAACGGCCUACUGGAUCUCCAAAGUUAGUCAGGCCUUCAAUCGGUUGCUGAACUCCGGCUGGAGUGACCACGAAAUUUGA